AUCCCCCCCUUGUCGACGGCGAGGACCUAGCGCCGCACCCGGACGAGGUCGAGGAUCUGGAAAUGGAGCGCGAGGACGACGACGACUUGCGUGAGGACGCUAUUGGGUUUUUCGGCAUAGAUGUCGGUGACGAUCCUGUUGGCAAUGGCAAUCAGCAACCCAUCGAUCUCGAUGGCGAUGACGGUGGAGUGUCUGCCUCCACUGACACUCGUGGUACCUCAGCACGGCCUCUGGUAAGCGUGUUUCUGCUGUUUGGGAGUGGUUUGAUGAGAUCAAGGAUGGCAAGUUGCGUACCAGUGCCAUUUGCAAACAUUGCGGUACGAGGUAUUCUGCUAGGUCCACUGGUGGCACUGGGCACUUGAUUCGUCACAUGAAAAGUUGCAUGAAAAAACAAAAACAUGCAACUAUGGUUCAAUCUAGACUUGCUCUUAAUCCUGAUGGCUUGAAAAAUUGGCGUUAUGAUCCUGCUGUUGCUCGUAGUGAGUUAUGUAGGUUGAUAGCUAAGCUAGAUCUUCCCUUAAGCAUUGGUGAUACACAGGCCUGGGAAGACUACAUUAAGCGUGCUCAUAACCCUUUGUUUGUUAGGGUGUCUAGACAGACCACUACUAGAGAUCUUGCUAAGUUGUUUGCUAAUGAACGUUCUAUGGUUAUUAACUCUGUGUUACCUGCUUGUUCAUCUGUGUCUUUGACAUCUGACAUAUGGUCUGGUAAUGCUAAAGAAGAUUACAUAACUGUUGUUGCUCAUUAUGUUAAUGCUGAUUGGGAGUUGCAGAAGAAGGUUAUUGGUUUUAGGUUGAUUGAUGUGUCAUAUUCUGGUGAAAACAUAGCCAAUAGAAUUGCUUCUGUGGUUGAGGAGUUUAAUUUGAUUGAUAAAGUCUUUGUUGUAACUUUGGAUAAUGCAUCUGCUAAUUCUAAAGCUUUUGAUAUUUUGCAACCUUGCUUCUUUGGUUACCUGGGUUCUUAUCUUGCUCCUACACGUGAAGAUCCUAACAAAGUUCAAUAUUUGCUUGUGCAUCAGCGUUGUGCUUGUCAUAUCUUAAAUCUGAUUAAAUCUGAUUGUUAAAACUGGGAUGAAGUUGAUUGAUCCUUAUCUUGAAGCAUUUAGAACUGCAAUAAGCUUUCUGAAUUCCUCUAAUCAAAGAAUUGCAUCUUUCAAAAACUAUUGCAAUUCUAAGGAAGAAAGACCUAGAAAGUUUGGCUUGGAUAUGGAAGUUAGGUGGAAUUCCACCUAUUUGAUGCUUAAACAUUUGAUUCCAUACAAGGAAAUCUUUUCUGUGUGGAUUACCACUAACUAUGGUGCAGGAUUGUUAACUAAUGAUCAUUGGUUGGUUGCUGAACACAUGAUGAAAUUCCUGGAAUUGUUUUAUGAGGCUACUAUUGUUCUUUCUGGUGUUUAUUAUCCAACUGCUCCUCUUGUUUUGCAUCACCUACUUGACAUUGCUGAGCACUUGAAAAAGGCUGAGGCUGAUCCAAAUUUUAGAAAUAUUGCAUCACCCAUGAAGCUUAAAUUUCUGAAAUACUGGGAGAAUAUUCCAUUGCUCUAUUCAUAUGCUUUCAUUCUUGAUCCUAGAGCUAAGUUGAAAGGCUUCUAUAAUGUGCUUGAUUUACUUGCUACAGCUACUGGAAUCUCUUAUACUGUGUACUAUGGUGAUGUUAAAGAUGAGAUGUCCAUGCUGUUUAGCAAGUAUGAGGAGAAAUUUGGUGGUGCAAGUAGGUCUCAAAGGGUUUCAAUGCCCUCUGCUGGUACUGGUAAGAGAAAGCAAGCAUGGGGAAGGAUCUAUGGAGGUCCUGGUGCAUCUCCUAGCUUUUCCCCUUCAAGUUCAUCUACUCCAUCUGCUGCUAGUGAGCUUCAAGCCUACUGGGACAGUGACCCUGUUGGCGAUUGGGAUGAUUCUUUUGACCUACUGUUAUGGUGGCGUGACCACAAGCUAACCUAUCCAAUUUUAUCUAUUAUGGCUCGCGAUAUUAUGUCUGUUCCUGUUUCUACUGUUUCUUCAGAGUCCUGUUUCAGCUGUAUAUCUAGGAUAUUAGAAGACCGGCGGCGGCGACUUUUACCUGAGCAUGUGGAGAUGCUCACCUGUAUCAAGGACUGGGAGCUAGGAGCAGCAAGACAACAACAUCAAGCCGAGGACUUUGACCUGGAGGAGAAGUUCAAGAACUUGUACCUAGAUGGAGAAGGUGAAGGCGGCAGCAGCGGAACUGGCACUGGCAGCGGUGGUACCACUGCUGGUACUUGAUGGAAAACUGCCCAGGCACACUUUGGUGUCUUGGUGCAACAAGUUUUUUGGUACAAAUGCAACAAGUCUUUUGGUGCAAGAAAUCUGUUGUAAUAGGACAAAACUUUUACAUUGCCUUGCCAUUUGAACAUUACCAGUGAUGCUGGCUAUUGUAAUAGGAUAGAUGAAAACUUUGAACAUUUGAGCUGGCUGCACUCUUUUUCUCUUUCUAGGGUUUCUCACAAAGGUGAGUUUUACCUAGAAAGGUUUUUAAUGAGGCGGCAUUGCACAGAACAGCUCCUUUUGAUAAUUAAUUCAUA